GGUGUUGGAAAGCAGAAUAUUUUAUCUAAACUGGACCUCACCAGUCAUCCAUCACAUUUAGCCGUUAAAAAAUCAGGAAAUCAUCCAUCAAAAAACCUCCAAAAUUAAGGCUUCUUUCUGACACAACCCGAAAAAAGAAAUCUUAUACCUUCUCAACUGAAAAAACUUCAGCUCCACUAACCUUCUAAACCGCGCCACAUUCGCUAGGGUUCUCCUAAAACAGUCCAUAUUAGAAAUUUAGAAUGUUCCUCUUUGGGAAUUAUUUGGGCUUUUUCUAUUUACCUUAAUUCUGGGUCUUUCUGGGUUUCUUUUGCUGGGUAAAAUUCUGGGUAAGUUUGGAAGAAAGGCAUGAACUUUGACACUUCUGAGCAUUGGUUUUGAGGCUUUACAGCAAAACAAAGAAAAAAGACCUGAUUUGCGUGUCAGCUCGUGGGGUUUUAGAAGCAAGGAGAACUAAAGAAGAUGAUUGCAGAAAAACCCAAUUGGGUUAAACAUGAGGGAAUGCAGAUUUUCUCCAUUGAUGUUCAGCCUGGUGGGCUUAGGUUCGCCACUGGGGGUGGUGAUCACAAGGUUCGUAUUUGGAACAUGAAAUCGGUUGGAAGGGACUUGGAUACUGAUGCAUCAAUACCAAAAUUGCUUGCAACUAUUCGUGAUCAUUUUGGGUCAGUUAACUGUGUCAGGUGGGCAAAGCAUGGUCGAUAUGUUGCAUCAGGUUCUGAUGACCAGGUGAUACUAAUUCAUGAGCGGAAACCUGGUUCAGGAACUACUGAAUUUGGUAGUGGAGAACCACCAGACAUCGAGAACUGGAAAGUUGCCAUCACUUUGAGGGGACACACAGCAGAUGUGGUAGAUCUUAAUUGGUCUCCAGAUGACUCGACGUUGGCUAGUGGGAGUCUGGAUAACACUAUUCAUAUUUGGGAUAUGAGUAAUGGCAUCUGUACUGCUGUUCUUAGGGGUCACUCUAGUCUGGUUAAAGGAGUUGCUUGGGAUCCCAUUGGUUCCUUUAUAGCAAGUCAAUCUGAUGAUAAAACGGUCAUUAUAUGGCGAACAAGCGACUGGAGCCUUGCUCAUAGAACUGAUGGUCAUUGGGCCAAAUCUCUUGGAUCCACUUUUUUUAGGAGGCUUGGGUGGUCACCGUGUGGCCACUUUAUUACCACCACUCACGGUUUCCAAAAGCCAAGACAUUCUGCACCCGUUUUAGAGAGAGGGGAAUGGUCUGCUACUUUUGACUUCUUAGGUCACAAUGCUCCAGUCAUUGUGGUAAAAUUUAAUCAUUCAAUGUUCAAAAGGAACUCAUCAAAUGGUCAGGAUUUGAAAUCUGGAUCUCUCGGUUGGACAAAUGGUUCUGCCAAGACUGGAGGAAAAGAUUCUCAGCCUUACAACGUUAUUGCAAUAGGAAGUCAAGACCGCACCAUAACUGUGUGGACAACAGCAAGUCCUCGUCCUCUCUUUGUGGCAAAGCAUUUCUUUUCUCAAAGUGUUGUAGAUUUGUCAUGGAGUCCUGAUGGAUAUUCUCUGUUUGCUUGUUCAUUGGAUGGAACAGUGGCUACUUUUCACUUUGACCCGAAUGAACUUGGGCACAGGCUUAGUGAUGCUGAACUGGAUGAGUUAAAGAGGAACCGUUAUGGUGAUGUCCAAGGUCGACAGGCAAACUUAGCAGAAAGUCCUGCUCAGCUACAGCUCGAAGCAGCUGCUGCAAAGCAAAACUCAAGCAAAAAGGUGACCUUGGAUGGGUCACAGAAGCAGACUUCCAUGAAACCUUCUACUGAUUUAGGGAUUGCAACAAAAGUUGUUAAAUCUCAAAACGAAGAUGGGCAGAAAAUUGAGGGAGCUACAGGUGAUGGAUUAAACAAGUCUGCCUCCCGGAUAUCAAGUCCUGUAAAGCAAAGAGAGUACAGGCGCCCUGAUGGUCGAAAGAGGAUAAUUCCUGAAGCAGUUGGAGUUCCUGUUCAGCAGGAGACUAUAUCUGGUAGCACUCACUCCCAACCCCUUGAGCUCGCUACAUCAUCAGGUCCAAGGAAGGAUGAAAACGGUAUAUUACAUGCAGAUUCCGGCAUCAGAGAAGCAUCUGUGAGGAAAACAGUGGGUGGGAGCUCUGAUAUCAAGGAGCGAUCCGGUGUCAAUGCUAGAGCUGCUAUUAGUGAAAGCCUGGUCAUUGAAAAGUUUCCAGUGUCUGCAGGUAAAGAUGGAAGCAUUAGUAUCGAGCAGACGGGACUUGUCAAGCAUCAAGAUUCAGCGACUUCCGGAAACAAUCUAUCAAUCAGGGUGUUCGAUAAGAAAGCAGGGGAAGAUACACUACCAGUUUGCUUGGAGGCCCAUCCAAGGGAACAUGCUAUAAAUGAUAUCCUAGGAACAGGAACUACAACAGUUAUGAAAGACACAGAAAUUGUUUGCACAAGGGGAGCUCAAACUCUCUGGUCUGAUAGGAUUUCUGGAAAAGUGACUGUUUUAGCUGGAAAUGCCAAUUUUUGGGCUGUGGGUUGUGAAGAUGGAUCUCUGCAGAUAUACACAAAGUGUGGGAGACGGGCCAUGCCAACAAUGAUGAUGGGGUCUGCUGCAAUAUUUAUUGAUUGUGAUGAGGCUUGGAAAUUGUUGCUCGUCACAAGGAAGGGAUCCUUGUAUGUUUGGGAUCUGUUCAAUAGGAAAUGUCUCCUUAACGAUUCUUUGGCCUCACUAAUUGCUUCAGAUCCGAAGUCCAAUAAUAGAGAUGCAGGAACAAUAAAAGUGAUAUCUGCUAAAUUGUCAAAAUCUGGUUUUCCCCUCGUUGUUCUGGCUACUCGCCAUGCUUAUCUUUUUGAUACUAGUCUAAUGUGUUGGUUGAGAGUUGCUGAUGAUUGUUUUCCUGCAUCAAACUUUGCAAGCUCCUGGAAUUUAGGUUCUGUUCAUGGUGGCGAGCUGGCUGCCUUGCAGGUUGAUGUUAGGAAGUUUCUGGCUAGAAAGCCAGGAUGGAGCAGAGUGACCGAUGACGGAGUGCAGACACGUGCUCAUCUGGAAACUCAACUGGCUUCAGCACUAUCAUUGAAGUCCUCAAAUGAGUAUCGCCAAUGUCUUUUGUCCUACAUCCGGUUCCUAGCAAGAGAAGCUGAUGAAUCCCGUUUACGUGAGGUUUGUGAGAGCUUUCUUGGACCACCGAUCGGAAUGGACGAAGCUAAAUCCCCUGACGUGAAACCUUUGUGGGACCCUUGUAUACUUGGAAUGAAAAAGCACAAGCUCCUUAGAGAAGAUAUUCUUCCUGCCAUGGCAUCCAAUAGAAAGGUUCAGCGGUUGCUCAAUGAGUUCAUGGAUCUUUUAUCUGAGUAUGAGAUAAGUGAAACAAACUUGGAAGAGAAAAACGCUGCACCAUCAACGUCCCAGCCAGCAACAGAUAAAGUGAACUCUGACAUGCCUAUAACUGAGCAAAAUGACUGUGCUCAACCUGUAGCUACUCCAACUACCUCUUCUUUCCCAGUUUCUGUUCAGAAUGAUUCUGCCUUGCAAACAGCAGAACAAACUGAUUCUUUAUCCCAAGUUAGAGAUGUUAUGGACGUGGACUCACAAUCAACAGAUAUAGCUGAACCUUUACUGCCAGCGACGGAUCAAAUGAACCUUGAUGCUGCUGUGUUAGAAAGUCCUGCUCCAGCUUCGCCAGCAAAAGAAGAGGGUUCUUGAAGCUGCCUUCAUGAUGCUAAUUAUUUCUAAUGCUGACUUUAGUUUUGCUGGUUAGAGAAGUUAUCUGCCUUUGCUCACUCAAAAGGCCCUGCUCAGCUUCUUGCUUGACACAUGAUUAUGCCCUCAGCAUCUUGCCUGAUCCCCAACAGGCAUUCUUCUUGCCUGUAAAGAAUAUGUGCGUUAGGUAGCUACAGCUUUUAGUCAUAACAACCUCCAAGUGGUGAUUGGAUCUCUGCUCACCAGCUUUUCCAUUUAAAGCUGUGUUUGAAGGAAAUCUAGCACAUGUACCAAAUCUCUUUUGAUUGAUUUCUUCUGCCUUAGUAAUGUAUGUAUAGUAGAUAUGCCUGCUAAGAAGAAAGUCCAUAGUGACGCUUGCUGUAGUUUUUGUUCUCUUAUAGGAUACAUAAUUAAUCCUGUAAUUUUUGUAUUUGUGGGCAUUUGCAUGGGAGAUAGCUUCUUAGUUUUGGUUGUUCCC